GUUUUCUCCACCUGUGGACAGCGUUCACAUCCUUCUGAGGUUGAUGUUGUGUUUAAGUCCUUUUCCUCUAACCCAGAGGCAGACAGCUACUCCAUCACCUACAGGCGUGCAGGUGACCCAUUGAUCUUCUCAAAGCGUGUCAAUAGCUCAGCAUGCUCUCCUGACUGCAGGAUACGUUUGCACAUGAGCCAGGACCUUAGGGGGUAUAUCACGCUAAGUGAAAGCAGAAAUGAUUCAGUGCUCGAGACAAAGACCUUUCACUUCAUUCCAGUGUCUCAUUCCUCCUUUAACGUAUCCACCACCACCACCACUGCCCACCUGAAAUGGGAACCACUUCACAGACAGCAGAGCAUACUCACCUUUACACUGUACAACAUGCACACACAUUCUGUCACUGGCAUCUACAACAUAAGCCUCUCAGAGAUCCAAUCCAAAUUCACGAUGAAAAAUCUCCAGCCUGGCACACGCUACAUGAUUGAAGUCAUGGUCGCUACCUUCCUCGCUCAUCCUGGCUUCACUCUGAUGCAAAAACUCCUAAUUUUUUUGGAAACAGAUCAGUGUCCACAGGGCUGGCUGGCUAAUGGAAGAAGCUGCUACUCUGUGGGGAGAUCAGUUUUGAGUUGGGGUGAUGCGAUGAGCAGAUGCAAACAUUUGGUGUAUGGAAGCCAUUUAGUUGACCUGAAGACCCUGGAAGAUCUGUUCUUUGUAUCUUCUUACCUACAGACAGCAGACAACCUGCUGCUGCUCUGGACAGGUCUUAAUGACCAAAAGGAGGAAGGCCACCCACUCUGGUCUGAUGGUUCGCCGUAUAAUCAGACAAAGACUCUGGUGACUCUACUCCCAGCCGACCAGACAGACUGUUUUGCCUUUCAGAGGAAUGCUACAGGCCCUGGAUACUUUCUGACUGCGUUUUUUUGUGACAUCUCUCUACCAUUCAUCUGCCAAUACCAAAAUCCUUCAACUCCUUCAUCAUUUUCAUUCGACCUGGCUCAGGUGACAGACCAGCAGGCAGAGCUGCGAUGGAGUGACCUUUCACCCCUCUUCUCUCCUCAUUUUCCAUCCUUUGAGAUAUUCCUCCAGUACAGAGAAAGUGAAAUGGCCAUUUCAGGUCAUGGUGAAGAAGAUGGAUGCAAGGAGUCAAACAGGGAAAAGAGCAAGCCAGGUUUCAAAGAAACAGUCAGAGUCCCAAUUUCUCUUUCAUCUAGAGGGGUAACUGUGACAGGUUUGUCCCCUGGUAGCAUCUACUCUUUCACCCUUCAGGUCUCCCACCAUGCCGGCCCCAGCUGGAGUUUGGGACAAACACAGACUGCAUACAUGAGACCCCUUCCUCCUCAGAAUAUCACUGCUGGUUCCAUAACUGCUAGUCAGAUUAUUUUGCACUGGAUGCUGCCGGUUACCCGGUGUGCAGCUGGCUGGGAAUUUGCUGUACUAUGUGAAAAUGUGUCCUCAGGACAGCAGUGGGUACUUAACAAUAUCACCAAGGUUUCUGGGACCAACAGGAAUUUGUCCUACACCGUUGUGAUUGGAGGACUUGAGUCCUACACUAGAUACAGAAUUGAAGUCUUCACAGUUACACAGUUUGGAAUCUGGAGCUGCAGACAGGUACCUCUGAUUGUUCAAACAGCGGUGAAGCCUCCUGGUGAUCUGCUGAUGCUAAGCUUGAAUGACAGCCUGUCAGUUUGCUGGACAGCUCCACCUAGUGAUCCUCCAGAUGCAUAUUACGUGACAACCCAAUCGUUUAACAGUACUUCAGUUUCUUCGCUGUGGAUAAACGACUCCAGCUCUGGUGGAUUUGGGAAAAAUGAAUCCAUUUGUGUUAAUUUGGGCUCAUUUACUCCUGGUCACACAUAUGAGGCAGCAGUCGUUGCCACGAGGGGAAAUUAUAGGAGCGAGAGGUCCAUUAGCAUUCACACCACAGCUCCAUUGCCUGUGCAGGUGGCACUACCUGUAUCUGUGGGGACAAACUAUACACAACUGUAUGUUCAGCCUCCAAAGCUGGGUCUGAGUGAUGGUGUCAAAGUGUGUGCAUGUCUUGGAGUUUGCAACAGGGCAUGUAAAAGAUCGUGUGAGUAUUCUUGUGACUGGCAUUCCCUACCUGCUGGCAUUUAUACCACAACCAUCAGCAGUCUUACUCCAGGGACACAGUACCAGCUGAGUGUGUACAGUACUAUGAAAGGAAGAAUUGGACCACCUUUCUACACUCAUCCCAUUAAAACAAGUCUAGCUCCACCGAGCAGAGUGAGGGAAGGAGUGGUGACAGAAACAUCCAUAGAGCUGCUUUGGGAUCCGGCUCCAGGACAGGGUCAGAGCUAUGAGGUCAUAUGCUUUAACUGCGGCCAGAAACUCAAGGAGUCCUUCACUGACAGUUCACCUGUCUCAAUCAAUAUCACUGCAGCUCCUGGCAAAGUGGAGGUUUCACUCGUCAAUAAAACAACAGCAUCCAUAUGCAUUAGCUGGAGUGAAGCCAGAGGACUGGUGAGCUCAUUCAUUCUGUCCAUCAAAAACACGACAUCCAUUCAGGAGCUGAUUGUUUCUCAUCAGGAGAGCAGGCAAGACUCUUCUCAUUCUGCCACAAUCAAAAUUAAUAUGAACCCAGAGUUAUUAUCGCUGCCUGAAACCUGUUCCUGA